AUGUCAAAAAAGCCCUCUCCCUCUCAUAAUCAACCAGUCUGGACGACUACUAUCGAUUAUCGACCGCCACCUCAAGAAGAAGACCGUGACAUAGAAGAACGACCAGUGUCUAGACACACCUACUACUACAACAAUGUUGAAUAUGAAAAUGAAAAUUUGAAUCAAGGUUAUAUUGAAGAUGACAGUAAUAGAAGAAGAUUUCAAAGAGCGUUCGAUGAGGAUUCUGAAUUUGUGGAGCGACAUACGAAUAUCUCUAUUCCUAGGCCAAAAGUUUAUGGAAGAAGUGGAAGGGAGGUGAGAUAA